AUGUCGGCAAGCAGUUGGAUCUGGAGUGAGCCAUACCAAGACUACUAUUAUGUCACUUAUGAUGAAUAUGGUCAACCGGUGUACCACUGGUUCAAACAAAUACGAACGGAAUCGGGGUCAAGGUGUCGAAACGACUCUGCCAAUUUUGAGGACUAUGGACCCAAUAUCGCUCAGAUGCCGAAUCCCGCAUCCGCAACGGUGAGGGGACUCUAUGGUUUCAUACAGGGCACACCCCACACCGGCUGGUAUGACUUGCUAGAUUCAAGUUAUUGUAUGCGAACGGGCGGUAUUGGAACCUACAAUGGCCGGGGCACUUUAAAGCAGGGCUGUAACCCGUCAGAGCAUGCCAUAGCAUAUCUCUCAGGUACUGAUCCAGGCUCAUGCUACAUGCCUGGUGAGUACGAAUCAGGCAUGACUAAAGAACCUAUCGAGAUUGUACCUGUAGAUGCUAGUAUACAGAUUAGGUCGGAGUCUCGUAUACGUUUCGGCAAGACCUAUCCUAUCGAGAUGAAUGUCAAGGUCAAGGAUAUCGGCAAAGUGCACGAAAGUCAUAUAAGCAAGCUCCUACGAUACUGGAUUGAAGAGAACGACUACAGUGGAUUGUUUGACGGAAGCUUUGCCACUGGAAGCUCUUAUCAUAUGGACGAGCAUAGAUAUGUUCUACCGAAGUCGUCUCCAAGCCCGGGUCCGGAGUCAGAUAGUGAAGACGUAGCACUGCUUCGUAGAGAUGCUCUUCACCAUUUGUCUGCUGAUCGCUUUGAUAGUCGUCUCACUGGUGAUCUAUUCUCAGACUAUCAGGUUAUUCAAAAUCCACGGGGCUUCUUCAAAAAAGGUAUCGUGUUCAUGGUACCUUGGCCUGAGCCCGGCGGCGACUUCGUCAAAGACAGGGUGGGUCCGCCUGUCGUUGUGAAGAUCAGAAGGUUCGUUGUAAUCAGGCCCAAGAGCACAUUCUGUCUUUGCCUGCCUAUGCAUACCUACAACGGUCAAGCAACGACCAAACCUGGUGUUGUUGCACAGGAUCACGCUGCCGUCGUAGCGGAUAAUGAUGAAGUUCAGUACCUGCCUCAAGAGGCGGAACUUGCUAAGACACCCAUAUACAUUAAGGUCGAAAACACUUCAACAGGACCGAUCGACCCUGCAUCCCGGAUCAACUUCGCAAAGAUUUACACUGUGGAGUAUAAUGUCAAAGUUCGCAAAGUUGGCAGAAUAGUUGCAGAUUCAGUCUGGCGUAUGGAUCAAUACUUCGCAGAAUGCUCUAAAAUCGGAUCCAAUUGA